AUGGGUGAAGCUAAGCCACAACAUGGCGCUCAAGAAAUGAAGGGUUGGCUUUUUAAGUGGACUAAUUAUCUGAAAGGUUACCAACGGAGGUGGUUCGUCCUGUCAAAUGGCCUCUUGUCAUACUAUAGGGCUGAACCAAAGGGGGGGCCAAAGAUUUCGACACGACGCAAGCGGAGGGCUGGCAGUGCCUCCGAGAACCCUGCCGAAAUGGCUCACACAUGCAGAGGGGCUAUAUCACUUCAUGGGGCCUUAAUUCACACUGUGGAUGCAUGUACUUUCGUUGUAAGCAACGGUGGUACUCAAACAUUUCACAUAAAAGCGGCGACUGAGGUGGAAAGACAACAAUGGGUUACUGCUUUAGAAUUAGCCAAAGCUAAAGCAAUACAAGCCAUGGAGUCAGAAGAAGAGGAGGAAGAAUACCAAGACAAUGACAAUCAGAAAGGAGAGAAUACAUCAAUAAUUAAAGACCUGACUGAGCGGUUGAAGGAUUUACAAACUUGCUACGAACUUAUAUCUAAACGUGGCACCCUCUUGACGAGAUCUUUGGUAGAUCUAGAAUCACUUGAAUCAGCGAGUCCAGAUACUGCUUCGAAAAUAAAAACUGUCAGUGAACGUGCUACAUUAUUUCGUAUUGCUGCUAAUGCAAUGAUAAGUACGAGUAAUGAUUAUCUUCAAUUGGCCCAACAACAAGAACCAAAAUGGAAAAAAAUGCUCCAACAUGAACGAGAUCAAAAGGUACGAAUAGAAAAAAUGGUUGAACAACUAGCACGUCAACAUUCUCAUCUAGAAGAGGCUGCACAACAUGCUUUACCACCUGGAAUACCUGCAGGAAAUCAUCGAUCAACACAUUCAGUGGCAAAUACUUCACCAUCAGAGGACGACGAAGACAAUGUAGAAUUUUAUGAUGCCGAAGAGUCUGACACAUUCACACUAGCUAUUCCUGGCAGUACAACCGGUAACUCACUGUCACGUGAACGUGCUCGAAACGAUUCACAAGGGAGUGAUGAUGGAUCUAGUUCUGAAGGAGAUCCAGCACCAAUUGAUAAUGAUGGCAAUAAUACCGGGAUGAAGACUGUAAGUAAACGAAUCCGAAGAACCCGGGUACCUGAAAAACCAAAUUAUCCAUUAAAUUUAUGGAGCAUUAUGAAAAACUGUAUUGGUAAAGAAUUGUCGAAAAUACCGAUGCCUGUUAACUUUUCUGAGCCUCUUAGUAUGCUACAGCGUUUAACUGAAGAUUAUGAAUAUGCCGAAAUCCUUGACAGAGCAGCUGAAUGUACAGACGCUUGUGAACAAAUGGCAUACGUUGCUGCUUUUACCGUUUCCAGUUACUCAACAACUGCAUCUAGAACUGGUAAACCUUUCAACCCUCUUUUAGGUGAAACGUAUGAAUGUGAUCGAACAGAAGAUCUUGGAUGGCGGGCAAUAUCGGAACAAGUAUCACAUCAUCCUCCAAUGGUUGCUCAAUUUUGUGAAGGUCGAGCGUGGCAAUGCUGGCAGGAAUUUACUAUGGCUUCCAAAUUCCGUGGUAAAUAUCUUCAAGUAAUACCUUUGGGUACUGCACAUUUAGAGUUCAACAACAAAAUAGGAGACAAGUGUCCUCAUUACACGUGGCGAAAAGUUACUACCACUGUGCACAAUAUUAUUGUAGGUAAACUAUGGGUAGAUCAAAGCGGUGACAUGGAUAUUAUUAAUCAUACUGACGGUACUAAAUGUCACCUUAAGUACAUUCCGUACUCAUAUUUUUCACGUGAUAGUCAACGAAAGGUUAAAGGUGUUGUUAUGAAUGCUGACAAAGAAGUUAAAUGGGUUGUUCAGGGUACUUGGGAUUCAAAAAUUGAAAUUGCACCUGUUAUAAGUACUUCUGGUAGUCCAGAUAAUCCAAUUUACAAAACAGGUCCAUACACUCUUGCUUGGAAACGACGUAUGCCUCCAGAUGAUUGUGAAAAAUAUUAUUCAUUUACUGAGUUAGCCUGUCAAUUAAAUGAACCUGAAGACGGUGUAGCACCAACAGAUUCGCGGAUCAGACCUGAUCAAAGGUUAAUGGAAAAUGGGCACUGGGAUGAAGCCAAUAAAGAAAAAUUACGCCUCGAAGAGAAACAAAGAGCAGUACGACGAGCACGUGAAAGUGAAGCUGAAAAAGCAGCUGCUGAAGGAUUGCCAUAUACUGCUUAUGAACCAGUAUGGUUUUCAAAACAGGAAGACAAGAUUACGGGUAGCUUAUGUCAUACUUACAACCAUGAAUAUUGGGAAUGUAAAAAUAAAGGUGACUGGUCACGAUGUCCAAGUAUAUUUUAA